ACAACAUGGUGUCUGUACAAAACAGUGACUCUGAACUAUGAUAAAUCGUGCGCUUCAACAAACAAUGAGGCACACGUUGAGAGUGGGGGGACGUAUGCUGGGAGCAGGAACCGGUCAACGCUGCCUCUCUGGGCUUCGCAGCGGACAAUUAUUCACAGAGGACGGAUCGGAAUUUGCACAACAUGAGAGUCUCCUUAAGGAAGCGUCUCUCUACGUACACUGGCCCUUUUGCCUCAAACGGUGCUCUUACUGCAACUUUAAUAAGUACAUCCCCAAAGAUGACAACAACCACAUAGUGAGCCAGUGUCUUCAGCAGGAGGUGGACACGCUGCUGCAGCUCAGUAAGGUGUCCUGCGUCACCUCUGUGUUUUUUGGCGGCGGAACUCCAAGCCUGGCUCACCCUUCCACUGUCUCGGACAUCUUGGAAGCGAUCUCCAGGCGGACGAGUCUGGCAGACGAGGCUGAAGUUUCACUUGAAGUCAAUCCCACUCCGGAGGGGAGGACAAAAUUGAAGGAUUUUAGCCACGCUGGGGUGAACCGUUUCUCCAUAGGACUCCAAUCUCUCCUGGAUGAGGAUUUAACAAGGCUGGGCCGAGACCACAACGCUCAUCAAGCCCUGCGAACUGUCGAGGAUGCUCGCAAAUUAUGCCCUGGGAAGGUGUCCGUAGACAUCAUGUUCAGGCGGCCCGGGCAGAGCACGGCAUCAUGGGAGGCGGAGUUGUCAGAGCUGUUGCGGGCCUGCGACGACCACGUCUCCCUGUACCAGCUGACGCCCGAGCGAGGCACUCUGCUGUUUAAACAGCUACAAAGCGCCCAGGUGACGCUGCCCGAUGACCACGAGACGGCAGAUAUGUACGAGAGCGCCAGGAGGAUGCUGCACCAGCAUGGAUUUCUCCAAUAUGAAGUGUCGAACUUUGCCAGAAAUAGUGCAGUGAGUCAUCACAACCUGAGCUACUGGAAGGGAAGACAAUACAUUGGUGUUGGUCCAGGAGCCCACGGGCGAUUCGUUCCACUUGGGGAGGGAGGCACGCACCGAGAGGCCCGCACCCAAACACUGGAACCCGACGUGUGGAUCCGCGAGGUCCAGCAGGGUGGACACGCCACUCGGAGGAGGAUUCAGCUGGGACAUCUUGAACUAUUGGAGGAGGUGUUGGUGAUGGGAUUGAGAAUGACAGAAGGCAUCACGCACGAGCACUGGCAGCUGUUCAGUCCACAGUUGACCCUGUGUGACAUCUUCAACUCUUCCACUGACGUCCAAGAAUUCCUCCGAUGUGGCCAUCUGACCCUCGAUGACGGAGGACUGCGCUGCUCCUGGAAUGGCCUGGCGUUACUGGACAGCAUGCUGCCAGCGCUGCUGCUACAACUGGAAAGACAGAUCCAUCCGAAAGCUCCAAGAUGACCAGUGAUCCAGUUUGUCAACCCACGGUGGUAGCAUCAAGAAUCCAUUCGUUUCACUCAAUACAAUGAGAUUCUGAGCAUCAAAAUGCCGUCAUGACUUACUGGCAUCUAGGCAGAAAUUAAAUGAACAUGGAUUAUUCUCAUUUGUGUUAGCAAAAGGGCUAAACAAACAAGUCAAUGUCCAACAUUUUCAUGUGUGUUUACUGUUUGUUCCGGAAGCCACCAUGGACUGCAUACUGAUGAGCUCAUUAUUUUUCCCCCAUAGAAAAUCUGCAGACACAUGUAAAGAAUCUUGAGAGUGAAUUAAAGUGGCUGCCGUUUUGUCAUGUUUCAUAGAUGAACGUGCCUGAGCGGACAGCCUGCUCACAAAAACAUAUAUAGGUCUCGAUUUCAAUAAUUACAUUUGAAUUUCAAAGAAUAAAUAGGUGUGUGCAGCAAACCAUGAAUGAGUAACAUAAACAUUGAGAUUUAAUGAGAACAUUUACUCCCAGCAUCCUGUUUUAAUAAUGAGUGGUUGGCUCUCAAGUGACCCAUUCAAUAUUUUAAUUCCAUUAUAUCCGUACAAUGCUUCUCUGCUGGAGUGCUUUCUGUUCUCUCCCAGUGAGGUCAUCAACAACC